AUGGGAACGCAGGAGAAAACACCACAACCACAAACCCUAUCAUUUUGGGGAAAGUUGGAUGUCAUUCUCGCUGCGAUUUCAGUUGUAUCCACCACUGUAUGGUCUGUUUUUACUAGUUUCAGAAGGAGUGAAAAGGACGCUCCCAGUCUAUUGUUACACGUUGGCUAUGCUUCUCUUAGAAAGGCCACAAGGCGAUUAUCUGUGUUGCAGUUGCAAUGGAUUUCCCCUUCGACCGACGAAAUGUAUGAGAAAUACGCUCGUUCGAUACGAAUAGCUCCGACAACGGUUGCGUUCGGUUCCAAUGGAGCGAAAGGCCAUUGGAUCGGCAACAAAGACGCCAAACACGUCUUAAUCUGGUAUCAUGGUGGCGGCUUCUGCUUGCCUGCAAAUGCAGGAUAUUUUGAGUUUCUAAACGACCUCGUGGAAGCUUCAGGCAAAGCGGGCAACGACCUCGCGGUCUUCGUGCUCACGUACACCCUUGCACCGCAUGCGCGCUACCCAACUCAACUGACGCAAGCUGUCGAGACGUUGCGCUACAUAAUCUCAGAUACUCGCCGUCGCCCUUCUGAAAUUCUUCUCGGCGGUGACUCUGCGGGCGGAAAUCUAGCCAUUGGUGUUCUCUCACAUCUUGCCCACCCGCACCCAGAGAUUCCAAGAGUUGAUUUGAACGAGCCAUUGGCAGGUACUGUUCUUAUUUCACCAUGGACAUCACUAGAUGAGAAAAACAGUGACAAAGACGUCUACUCAGGCGGUGAUAUAAUCACGCCAUACGUUGGCCGGCCCUGGUCCAGACACUACUUGGGUGGUGCAAGCAGAGACAACUAUACAGACGCGUCUGACGCACCGCCGAGUUGGUUUGAAACUUAUCUAGUAGAGAAAAUCUUGGUUCUCGCCGGUGGAAAUGAAAUCCUUAAAUCUAACAUUGAUGAGUUUGUCACGAACCUAAAGGCUGGGUUCCGAUCCGUUGAGUAUUUUGUCGGUCACCGAGAAGGCCAUGUCGCUCCCAUCUACAAUAUUUAUGUAGGUGACUCGAAAGAAACACAGCAAGGGGAGAAGCUGAAAGCGUGGCUGCAAGAAAUUUUGUAA